AUGAAAGAUUUUGCCUUAGUAUUGUAUAUAUUAGGUGGUAAACAAUGCUAUGAAUUCUUUCAAAUUAAUAUUAUUGGUGCACUUUCUAAUUUAACAACCACAAAUAAACUAAUAUCGAAUACUAAUCCUAUUUUAACAGAAGGUCAAUUUUGUUUCGUUGCCCUCAAACAAUACCUUGAAACAGCAAAUGUAAAAUUUGAUUUUUGUGCUGAAGAUUGCACCGGUGUUAUUAAAAAGAUCAAAUAUGAUGCUAACACAAAUUCAUUUGUUGGUUUUAAUACAAAUUUAUCUAACGGAGUACCGAUUUGUAAUUAUUAUCGAACUGACUCCUACGAACAACUUCAAUAUUGGUUUGAAAACAUAGAAAAAUCUGCAUUAUUAAAUAUUCAUAUGUUCCAGCCUAUUCCACAAUCAAAUCAUAUAAAUUCACCUGCAUCAUUUCUUUUGAGUGCCUAUGGUGUUGAUAAUACGGCAACUGCCAUAGAUAUAAUAAAAAGAUGGAUUUAUAUUUAUAAUAAUUGUAUUCAGAAUCAAAUACGAAUUAUCGGCUUCUCUACAGACGGUGAUCCAAAAUAUGUCCGAGCAAUGCGGCUAACAUGUGGUUUUAUUGCACUUUUGUCAAACUCUCAACAUUUCAGUCAUUCUGAUGCAUUUCAGAUCAAAAUAGGAGGGCAAUGGCAAUGGUCAUGGUUUUUUUUGGGACAAAGACAAAUAUUUCUCUUUUUACAAGAUCCGACACAUUUAAUAACGAAGUGGAGAAAUCGUCUAUUAUCUAAAGUAGCUGAAAUGCGAAUAGGAAAUCAAAUAAUUAAAAAUGCAAAUACUUGGCAUCCAAAUAUUAAACUAGAAUAUAAAAUCGGUAAAAGUCUUCCAUUUCUUGAUGUUCUCCUUACAAAUAUCAAUGGCACUCUAUCAACAUCUGUGUAUCAUAAACCAGCAGCAGAACCCUAUGUUGUACCAUUUAUUUCUGAUCAUCCUCGACAUGUAUUCGAAAACAUUGUACAAACAAGUCUUCGACGUGCAAUCAAAUAUUCAUCAACUUUUCAAUUAUUCAAUGAUGAGAGAAGAUAUAUCAAAUCAACAUUUUUGUACAAUGGUUACCCUUCUUCAUUUAUCGACAAUAUAUUUCGAAAAUUUUUUUCUGGCUACAUAUCAUCUCGAUCUUUUCUACCAUUUAUUGGCAAUGAAGAUCAAUUCUUACAUAUGCGUAUUGCAUUAUCUGGACAACCAAGUCGACAACAAUCUCAAGUCGAAAUGAGAAUUGCAACACUUACGACCGAUGAUGAACAUUUAAUUGAAGAAUUAGAGAACAAACAAGAAGCCACCAUUCAAGAAAAAAAGAAACCAAACGAAUUUCAAAAUAAACUUAUAAUUCAUUAUACACAUGAGAAACGAUUCAACACACGUAAGCGGGACCUGCAUCGUAUCUUUCAAGAAACAUUCGCAAACACAUCAAUACUCGAAACCAAGCUGAUCGUUGGGAAUAGAAAUCAGAAAAGCAUAAUGAAAGAACUAAUUCGAAAACGUCCAAGACAGGCCAUAUUAAAAAACAAAGCUAAAGCAAAUGAAAAACGCAAAAAGAACAGGCAUCGUCUACUAAACCAACAAAAUCCAAAAAAAUAA